GCAAGCGGGGGGAGGGAGAGGGGCGUGGCUCUAUGCAUCCCCCCUCCCUCGCGAAUAGUGUUGGCUGGCUCAGCUGCCCUAAAAUUUUGGGACGGGGGGGGGGGGAUUUAUUUGAUCAGUGGUUCCCAGACAGAUUGAUUCGAUCGACGGUUCCCAGGCAGAUUGAUUCGAUCGACGGUUUCCAGGCAGAUUGA